ACACACACACACACACACACACAGGCUCAUCAUGGGGUUCAUGAACAAGCUCAAGGAGAAGGCCAACACGGCGUCAGCGUCGGUGAUGGAGUCGAGCCGCAAAGCGACGGCCAAGACAAAGGUGGCGGCUGGCUCACUGGUGAGUGCGGCUGACAUGCCGGCCUCGUUUCACCUCGAGCCGGCGGCAGAGCCCAUGCUGGCAGGCUCGUCUGCAACCCUCAUUUCGGGCGCUAACACCCUGUCCGGACAGGUCUAUGUCACGCCGCGCUUCCUCUGUGUCCUCACCUUCUCGGCCGGCCGCGAGGUCCGGCUCACCCUGCCGCAUCGCGAUCUGCAGGCCAUUCAGCGGGUCUUCUGCGCUCGCGGCGAGUCAUCUUCGGGUUCGCUCGCUGUCGGCCCGCCGCCGCCGGGCGAGGGUCCAAACACCCUGCGCAUGUGCUACGCUGACGGCACCAUGCACACCUUUAUCAAGCCGUCCGACGGCGUCACCCUCGCCAACUGGUUGCACGUCAUGUGGGACCUGGCCCGCAGCUCUCCCUCGCCUUCGGCCCCGAUUCGUCCGCCGGAUGCCGACGAGCACCACUUCUUUGCCAUCGACCGCCGCUGCCAGCUGCUUGGCGUCCACAAGACCUACAUCGUCUCGGGCACCGAGAAGCUCAAGGGCUUCCUCUGCAUCUUUGAAGGCCACAUUGCGUUGGCCAUCGGCGGCAAGCCCGAUCCCGAGGUCGACGGCGGGCGCCCGUACAUCAUCCCGGCCGCCUCGGUCCAGUACCUUGCCCGUGCCUCGGUCGAAGCCAACCCGGAUCCAAUGGUCGCCGCCCCGAUCUGCCUCCCGCACCCGAGUGGGCCGUGCUCCUCCAAGCUCACCGGCCUCGUUCUUUACACCGCCGACGGCCUCCGGCACGAGCUCACUGGCGUGAAGCACGUCCAGCUCGCCUACAACCGUCUUGUCCACGUCGUUGCCGUUGCCAUCCGUCAGCAGCCCCAGUUCUGGUGAGCCCUCACGGUGUAUAGCCCACAGCCAUCGCCAUGGACGCGUAUCAAAGUCACCCGGCUCCGUC